AAAAGGAAAAUCUAAAUGGACAUACCCACACUCGUUCUCGUUCUCUCUCGAGUAAUCCCUAGCAAUCGACGGAGAGACUCACCUCAUUCUUUCGACUCUCUUAUUCUGCCGCUUCUUUCUCGCCGGCAGUUUUCUCCUCUCUGCCGCCUCAAUUUUCCGGUGAUCAGCUCCGUUCGCAGCCACAGGCAAAGGGAGCAACAAAGCCUCUGGAAUGAUUUGUUAUGGCCCAACAGUCGUCUAGGCUUCAGCGGUUGCUUACUCUGUUGGAUACUGGGUCAACCCAAGCGACAAGGUUGACUGCUGCUCGUCAGAUAGGGGAAAUUGCAAAAUCACACCCUCAAGACUUGAACAGUCUUCUUAAGAAGGUUUCUCAAUAUCUGCGCAGCAAAAAUUGGGAGACAAGAGUCGCUGCUGCUCGUGCAAUUGGGUCUAUUGCUGAGAAUGUUAAACACAUAAGUUUGAAUGAACUUACUACAUCUGUUGUAUCAAAAAUAUCUGAGAAUGGGAUAUCAUGUAGUGUUGAGGAUCUUUGUGCAUGGACAUAUUUGCAAUCAAGAAUUACAGGAAGCUCAUUUAGAAGUUUUGAUAUGAGCAAGGUGCUUGAAUUUGGAGCUUUAUUAGCAUCUGGAGGACAGGAAUAUGAUAUUGUCAGUGAUAAUAUAAAGAACCCAAAGGAGCGACUGGUACGCCAAAAGCAAAAUCUUCGACGCCGUUUAGGUUUGGAUGUUUGUGAACAAUUUAUGGAUAUGAGUGAUGUAAUAAGAGAUGAAGAUCUUAUGACACACAAGUCAGAUUCACAUCCCAAUGGAAUAGAUCAUGGAGUUUUUACUUCUUCUUCUGUGCAUAACAUCCAGAAAAUGGUUGCAAACAUGGUUCCUAGUGUCAAAUCAAAGUGGCCAAGUGCAAGAGAACUGAAUCUUCUAAAGCGCAAAGCAAAAAUAAACUCAAAGGACCAGACAAAAAGCUGGGUCGAAGAUGGCGUUACUGAUCCAUCAGGUGCUCAGAAUUCGGCUUCGAAAGUCACGUAUCCUGAUUCAGUUAAUUACAAUAAGGUAUUCAUGGAUGUUAGUCAUGAUGAAGAUGGCCUUGACCAUGAUGGGGAUGGACAAUGGCCUUUCCACACUUUUGUUGAGCAACUUAUUAUUGAUAUGUUUGAUCCAGUUUGGGAGAUCCGACAUGGUAGUGUGAUGGCACUGAGAGAGAUUUUAACACAUCAAGGUGCUUCUGCUGGGGUAUUGAAACAUGACUUACGCUUGGGUGGGAACUUUAUGGUCGAAUUAGAAGACAAAAGUAUAAUUAUUGAAAAAAAAGAAGACAGUAGUGUGUCAAAUAUAUUGAAGAGAGAGAGGGAGAUUGAUUUGAAUAUGCAAGUUUCUGCAGACGAGUUUGACUCAAACUUGAAGAGACCAAAACUUGAAAAUGUAACAUCAUCAACCUCUAUGGAUAGUCUAAUUACUUGCAGCAAUGAAGGUGAUACUAAAAUCAGCAUUAGUUCUGAAACCUCUGGGUACAAUUUACCUUUGGAUUGUGUAAAUGGGCAAUUUAAUUGUAAUUCUGUUGAGAUGGAUGUGGUAUCUUUCUCUGAUGGACUGCAAGAUGCAUGCAAGGAACCUGCUAUUGUAGCAGAGCAGAAGGGUUAUUCUGAAGAGAUUCCCUCCAGAAAUCUUAAUGUGCUGAGAAAUGUUCCCCAGAAUUCUGAGCUGAUGAGCAUGGUUAAAGUUGCCAGAAGUUCAUGGUUGCGAAACUGUGGAUUUCUUCAAGAUUGUGUGAUACGCUUUUUGUGUGUGUUGUCACUAGACCGCUUCGGAGAUUACGUAUCUGAUCAGGUUGUUGCUCCAGUGCGUGAAACCUGUGCACAGGCAUUAGGUGCCGCAUUUAAGUACAUGCAUCCGGCACUGGUAAAUGAAACAUUGAAUAUAUUGUUGAAAAUGCAGUGUAGACCAGAAUGGGAGAUUCGUCAUGGAAGUCUUCUAGGUAUCAAAUAUUUGGUUGCUGUGCGGCAGGAGUUGCUACCUGACUUGCUUGGACUUGUUCUUCCUGCAUGUAAAUCUGGUUUGGAGGACCCGGAUGAUGAUGUCCGAGCUGUUGCUGCUGAUGCCUUAAUACCAGCUUCAGCUGCAAUCGUUGCAUUGCAGGGUCCAACAUUGCGCACAAUUGUGAUGCUGCUGUGGGAUAUAUUGCUUGAUUUGGAUGAUUUAAGUCCAUCCACUAGCAGUGUUAUGAAUUUGCUGUCAGAAAUUUAUUCUCAAGAAGAGAUGGUCCCAAUGAUGUAUGAAGUUCUUAGAUUGGGAGACAACGGAAUAUCUAUUCAAAAUGGAGUCGGUGGUGGUGGUGGUGAUGAUGAUGAAGAAAAUCCUUAUGUGCUUUCAACGUUGGCACCACGUUUGUGGCCUUUUAUGAGGCAUAGUAUCAGCUCUGUUCGGUAUUCAGCAAUGCGGACUCUGGAGAGGCUACUUGAAGCUGGAUAUAAGAGAAGAAUGUCUGAGUUGUCUAAUGCUUCGUUUUGGCCCUCUAUCAUAUUUGGAGAUACCCUUAGAAUUGUAUUUCAGAAUCUGCUAUUGGAAACAAAUGAGGAUAUUUUGCAAUGUUCAGAGAGAGUGUGGAGUCUCCUUGUUAAGUGUUCUGUGGAGGACUUGGAUACUGCCGCGAGAUCUUACAUGGCUUCUUGGAUAGAACUUGCUUCUACACCAUUUGGUUCAGCAUUAGAUGCCUCAAAGAUGUUUUGGCCUGCUGCAUUUCCAAGGAAAAGUCAAUUUAGAGCUGCUGCUAAAAUGAGAGCUGUGAAGUCUGAAUAUGAUUAUGGUGGGGAUUUUGGUCUUGAUUCUACAAAAGGAUCUAUUCCACAAGAAAGAAAUGGUGAUGCUGCUAUGGAUUCAGUGAAGAUAGUUGUUGGUGCUGAUGUGGACACAUCUGUUACUCAUACACGGGUGGUUACAGCAACUGCAUUGGGAAUUUUUGCCUCUAAGCUGCCAGAGGAUUCUUUGAAGUAUGUUGUUGAUCCACUCUGGAGGUCUCUAACCUCUUUGUCUGGUGUUCAACGUCAGGUUGCAUCUAUGGUACUCAUUUCUUGGUUCAAGGAGAUUAAGAGCCCUCAAAGAUUGGUUGCUGGACUUGUUAGGAUGCUCUGAUCCUGCUUUGCCUACAAAAGAUUCACUUCUUCCAUAUGCUGAACUUUCAAGAACUUAUUCAAAGAUGCGUAAUGAGGCUGGUCAAUUGCUAAAUGCUAUCAAGUCUUCUGGUAUGUUUGAUGAGUUAUUGUCAACUUCCAAAAUUGAGUUGGAUAGCUUGGGUGUGGAUGGUGCCAUUAGUUUUGCAUCAAAAGUUCCAGCAGUGUGUAAUGAUAGUUCUCUGAAUGAGUCCUUGGUAAAGAAUGCUUUAGAUGAUAUAGAAUCCACAAAACAGAGGCUCUUGACGACUUCUGGCUAUUUGAAAUGUGUGCAGAGUAAUUUGCAUGUUACAGUCUCAUCUGCAGUUGCAGCUGCUGUUGUUUGGAUGUCUGAAUAUUCUUCUCGGCUUACCCCAAUCAUUUUGCCUUUGAUGGCUUCGAUCAGACGAGAGCAGGAGGAAAUACUGCAAAUGAAGUCAGCUGAAGCACUUGCUGAGCUAAUAUAUCAUUGUGUUGCUCGUAGGCCAUGCCCAAAUGAUAAAUUAAUUAAAAAUAUAUGCAGUAUGACAUGCUUGGAUCCUUCCGAGACCCCUCAAGCUAAACUUAUUUGCUCCAUGGAGAGUAUUGAUGACCAAGGUCUUCUGUCGUUUGGAACUCCUGUGAGCAAACAUAAAUCAAAGGUCCAUGUUUUGGCUGGUGAAGAUCGAUCAAAAAUGGAAGGGUUCAUAAGUAGACGUGGGUCGGAAUUAGCGUUGAGGCUUUUGUGCGAGAAGUUUGGUGCUUUGUUAUUUGAUAAGCUUCCUAAACUGUGGGAUUGCCUUACUGAGGUGCUUAAACCUAGCUCCUCUGAAUCUCCAGCAGUCUCUAAUGAAAAACAAGCUACUAUGGCUGUUGAGUCUAUUAGUGAUCCCCAGAUAUUGAUUAACAAUAUUCAGGUGGUACGAUCUAUUGCGCCCUUGUUAAAUGAGGAGUUAAAGCCAAAAUUAUUGACACUUCUCCCGUGCAUUUUUAAAUGCAUUCAGCAUUCUCAUGUUGCAGUUAGAUUAGCUGCUUCACGCUGCAUCACUUCCAUGGCCCGGUCAAUGACUGUGAAAGUUAUGAGUGCUGUGGUUGAAAAUGCUAUCCCAAUGUUGGAAGACGCAUCAUCAGUUCAUGCCCGUCAAGGAGCAGGCAUGUUGAUUAAUUUUCUUGUUCAGGGCCUGGGGGUAGAGUUGGUCCCUUACGCUCCAUUGUUGGUAGUUCCACUUCUAAGGUGCAUGAGUGACUGUGAUCAGUCUGUCAGGCAGAGUGUGACCCAUAGUUUUGCUGCUCUUGUUCCUUUACUUCCUUUGGCACGAGGCCUUCCUCAACCAGUUGGAUUGGGGGAAGGUAUAUCUAGAAAUGCUGAUGAUUUGCAAUUUUUGGAGCAACUGCUUGACAACUCCCACAUUGAAGAUUACAAGUUAUGCACCGAAUUGAAAGUCACAUUGAGAAGGUACCAACAAGAAGGCAUAAAUUGGUUAGCUUUUUUGAAACGUUUCAAGCUUCAUGGAAUUUUAUGUGAUGACAUGGGGCUUGGUAAGACGCUUCAGUCAUCGGCUAUUGUGGCCUCUGAUAUCGCUGAGCAUCGAACUCAGUCUGGGAAUGGAGAUCUUCUACCAUCUUUGAUUAUUUGCCCAUCAACCCUAGUUGGACACUGGGCCUUUGAGAUAGAGAAAUAUAUUGAUGUUUCAGUUAUAUCUUGUCUUCAGUACGUUGGUUCUGCUCAAGAUCGAAUGAUUCUUCGAGAUCAUUUUUGCAAGCAUAACGUCAUUAUAACAUCAUAUGAUGUUGUCCGUAAAGACAUCGAUUAUUUGGGACAGCUUCUGUGGAAUUACUGCAUUUUAGAUGAAGGGCAUAUAAUCAAGAAUGCCAAGUCCAAAGUUACACUUGCUGUAAAGCAGUUAAAAGCCCAACACCGCUUGAUAUUGAGUGGGACUCCAAUACAGAAUAACAUCAUGGACUUGUGGUCCCUUUUUGAUUUUCUAAUGCCUGGAUUUCUUGGAACAGAGAGACAGUUCCAAGCAACAUAUGGAAAACCGCUUUUAGCUGCUAGAGAUCCAAAAUGCUCAGCCAAAGAUGCCGAAGCAGGAGCACUUGCUAUGGAGAGAUUGCAUAAGCAGGCUAUGCCUUUUCUCCUUCGUAGAACAAAGGAUGAGGUCUUAUCUGAUCUGCCGGAGAAAAUAAUUCAAGACAGAUACUGUGAUUUGAGCCCUGUACAAUUUAAACUCUAUGAACAGUUUUCUGGUUCUCACGUAAAACAAGAAAUGUCAUCUAUUGUGACAACAAAUGAGUCAGCUGGAGCAGAAGGAAGCAGCAGUUCAACUAAAGCGUCUUCACAUGUUUUCCAGGCACUUCAAUACUUGCUGAAGCUGUGUAGUCAUCCAUUGCUUGUCAUCAAUGAUAAGGUUUUAGAUUCACUUUCGACCAUCCUCUCCGGAGUGUUACCGGGUGUUUCUGACAUCAUUUCAGAACUUCACAGCCUCCAUCAUUCGCCAAAAUUAGUUGCUCUUCAGGAGAUUCUUGAAGAGUGUGGAAUUGGAGUUGAUGCUUCUGGUUCUGAGGGUUCUGUUAACUUUGGGCAGCAUAGGGUAUUGAUAUUUGCUCAACACAAGGCUUUUCUGGAUAUAAUAGAAAGAGAUUUGUUUCAGACACACAUGAAAAAUGUUACAUACUUGCGGCUAGAUGGAUCAGUUGAGCCAGAAAAGCGUUUUGACAUUGUCAAAGCAUUCAAUUCAGAUCCUACCAUUGAUGUUUUACUGCUUACAACACACGUGGGUGGGCUUGGUUUGAACCUGACAUCUGCAGAUACCCUUGUUUUUGUGGAGCAUGACUGGAAUCCAAUGCGAGAUCAUCAGGCUAUGGAUAGAGCGCAUAGGUUAGGUCAGAAAAAAGUUGUUAAUGUCCACCGUCUAAUAAUGCGUGGUACUUUGGAAGAGAAGGUUAUGAGUCUGCAAAGGUUUAAAGUGUCUGUGGCUAAUGCUGUGAUUAAUGCGGAGAAUGCUAGCAUGAAGACGAUGAAUACGGAUCAGUUGCUUGAUUUGUUUGCUUCAGCAGAUACCUCCAAGAAGGGUUCUUCUGCCGGGAAGAGUUUGGAAAACAACCCUGAAGGAGACGCUAAACUAGUAGGUACCGGAAAGGGGCUGAAAGCCAUACUUGGGGGAUUGGAAGAGCUAUGGGACCAAUCACAAUACACAGAAGAGUACAAUCUAAAUCAAUUCUUAGCAAAACUUAAUGGUUAAUUAAUAUUCCAGAUUCGACCGAGAGUCACCCCCCCCCCCCUUCCUUCUCUCUCUUCCUUUUUCUCUUUCUUUUUCCUCCUCCUUGUCCCCCUCCUCUUUUUUUUUUCCCCUUUUUGGGCGUUGCUUUGUGAACACCCCCAAUGGCAGGCAUGUACCCUUGGUGGUGCAGUGAUGUGUAGAGAAAUGGAAUAGUGACGGCUUCUGGGAGGGGAUGGAGUCCCAUUAAUUUUUGGAAUUUUGUAUAUAUACAAUCAGUCCUAAUGAUAAUUAUAGUUUUAGCCUUUGUUAACACGAA